GGAUCCGUCAUACUUUGGCCACAUAAGCGAAGUCGGCGACUCGAAACCGUUCAGUAAUGAACAUGGAUAAUUUGCAAUCAAACCAAACGGGAGGAGGCAUGGCUCAAAAUGACGAUCAUGAAACCCAUUCGGGAAGCCAUGCUCAUCAGCAACCACCUUAUUCGACGUUCGGAGACAUGAACGAGUCACUGGGCGUGCUUGAUCAAAAUCCGACCUUGGACGACUUUUCGAACGCUCCCUUUGACUACACGAGUCUUAGCAAUCUGUACAUUCCAAAUUCCGAGCUUACGACGACGGACUUUGCGUCGAUGAUGUCUCCUCUAGAUAGCCCGGCACCCCUCGAGCCAUCCUAUGACUACAUGGGGACUGCUGUUGGACAAGGCCUGGAAACACCACAUGGCUGGAGCAAUGGAUUCAUGGAUGGAAUGUCUGAAAAUGCCCCUCUGGCAUCGUCCUUGGCUAGCAGAGAGAUCCAGAGAUCGGGCAGAUCUUGGAGCCAGCUUCUUGCAGACAUGCGAAGAGAAACACACAGUGGUCUUCCCCGCCGUCGGAGCCGGUAUCGCUUGAAUCGCAUGGGUAGCAGCAACACGACCUCAAGCAUGCCUAUCCCAGAAGCACCGGCUGAGCGCUACGAUCCGUUACAAAGAUACCAGAACUCCCCUCCAGAAGACGACUAUGUCUCUAUGGCGGCAGUAGAGAGAGCACUACAAAGUACAGAGUUUGAGUCCUUGGAUUCAAAUCAUGUUAGUCAGCCUGCCGAAGUGUUCUAUCCAGGUAGAGGUCGCCGAAGUCGACCAGGAUCUAUCACCAGUAUCGAAAGUGCAGCGAGUUCGCCGUCUGUUCGAUCUUCAAACUCGGCAGCGUCUAGUGUCUCCGCUAGAUCACGUUCGACUCGAAGAAGACCGCAAAGAACACGCAAGCCGAAGACACAAUCCGACAAGGCACACAUCUUCAAAUGCACAUUCUGCUGCGAUACGUUCUACAAACGCUACGACUGGUCUAGACAUGAGCGUUCACUACAUCUCAAUCUGGAGGUAUGGAUUUGUUGUCCACAAGGAGGUUCGGUCUUCUCGGAAGCAACUGGCAGAAACUUGUGCGCAUAUUGCAACAUGCUAGAUCCCACUCUAGAACACCUAGACACUCACGACCACAGCAACUGUGUAAGGAGCUCUCGAAGGCAGUUCAAUCGCAAGGACCAUCUGGUCCAGCAUCUUCGGUUGUUUCAUCGACUGCAGACCAUGCCAAUCAUUGAUGAUUGGAAGACUCAAGGUCCAAAUAUUACUUCUCGCUGUGGCUUCUGUGAUCGCAGAAUGACAAAUUGGGACGAACGAACCGAGCAUAUCGCUGCUCACUUCCGUGCUGGGCGUACCAUGAAAGACUGGCGUGGCGAUCAUGAAUUCGAGCCUGAAAUCGCCGCGAAAGUCACGAAUGCCAUUCCCCCAUAUCUCAUUGGCGAUGAAACAGAGACGAUCGUGCCUUUCUCAUCUACUAGCCAUGUGGUCAGAGAUCAUGUGGCACAAAUCUCAUCACGACUGACAGCAAUGCCAUCUGAGCCUUCGGAACCAACAUCGCCUCUUCCACUAACCCCUGAGAUGGAAGCACCAGCCGCUCAGACUAACAACUUGACCUUGAACGAGAUGGUCAUAUUCCAUCUUGGUCGAUAUGGACGACAACAGUUGAGUAUGGGCAUCACUCCUACAGAUGAGAUGUUCCAGAAUGAAGCUAGAAGAUUGCUGUAUGAUUCCGACGAUGCUUGGAACCAAAGUUUGGUGGACAAUCCGCAGUGGUUGGCUGCUUUCCGUUUGUUGCAUGGGUGGACGAAUACUGAAGCAUGAGACGGCGAUAAGAAUUCGGACGCAGUUAUAAGAUAGUUGGCCUUUCAAGAUCACUGAAUUUCAAGACUGUAACUGUCUUGAAUUGGAAUAAUAGAUUCGAUAGAUUUACUGCUUGGACUGCACGCAUACCUUGAUUUGGGACGUGGUCGAACUGCCAAGAAAAUGCGAUGCACCCCUCAUCUCAC